AUGUUCAAGUUGGCAGUAAUCGCAGCCCUCGUGUCGGUGGUGUGCGCCCGACCGGGCGGCCUCACCGGCCACAUCCUCGACCACGGCCUCGGCCACAUUCACGCGCCCAACGUCGUCAGCCACGAUCACGGGCAUCACGUGGCUGUGAUCGCCCAGCCCGUCUCGCACGCCCAUCACGUCUCGCUGCAUCACGCCGCGCCCCUGAUCCAUCAUCACGCGCCGAUCGUGUCGCAUCAUCACGCCCACGUCGAGCCGCUCCAUCUGGUCAGCCAUCACGAGGUUCAUCAUCACGAGCACAUCCCCCAUCACCAGCCGCUGGCUCCCCACGUACACGUGGCGCCCAUCGUGACCAAGACGGUGCUGCCCGGACACGACCACUACGUGCCCGUCCAUCACGAGCAUCAUCAUCAUGGCUUGCAUUAG